AUGCUUCCCUCGCGCCGCCAUCUUGUGCCCGCGUCGCACAUCAAGGCCCGCCUCGAACACUUUGUGGAAACAGGCGAGGUGCGCCGCUGGUCCGGCCGCCAGCAGGCCCGCAAGCUCGAACACGCGGCCGAAAAACGCCGCGCCGCCGCCGCGCGCAACAAACCGUCGCUCCAGAAAACCCUCUUAUUGUUGCAGGCCAAGUACGACGCCGUGCCCUUGCAAACGCCGCAGGGCGUGCUCGACCUCCAGCGGCUCACCGCCAAGGACCUCCGCGUGGACUCGGCCAAGAGCUUGUCGAUUUUCCGCGCCUUGGUGGGCUUCAACAGCGCGCGCCCGACCACAACGGCCGAAACCGCCACAACGGCCGCCCUCCCGCGCCCGCCGUCGCGCCUUCUUCUCGCGCUUCUCGGCUCGUCGCCCGACCAGAUCAAGGACCCCUACGUCGUCACCAGAGACGUGCUCAAGCUUCUUGCCCGCGACAACGACCCGCUCCGCGCCAUGCACUUGUGCCGCUUGGCCGGGCCCAACGCCACCGCCGGCCUCAACGCCGUGCUCGAGUGGUGCCUCGACCGCUCGGACGUGGAGCGCGCCCACCGCUGCUUGGCCAACGCCGCCCGCUGGCGCAUCCCCACCUCGACCCACACCUACGUCCACUACUUUGGCGGGCUCGCGCGCUGCCACGAGUGGGGCAAGGUGCCCGACGACUUGGUGGCCCGCACGCUCCGGCUCUUGGACCGCCUUGACGCCGUGCCGCUCGAGGUGUUCAACGCCGCGCUCUCGCUCGUGGCCAAGUGCUUCUCGGCCAACCAGCAGGCCAUGGUCGACUUGCUCGAGCACGCCGGCGACCGCGGCGUCGCGCCUUCGGCCCACACCUACACCAUCUUCCUCAACGGCGCCCGCCACCUCCACCGCCUGCGGGCCGACGCCAUCCGCGCCGACACGUCGCUUUCUGCGCCCGUACGAACCAGGCGGCUUUUCGAGGCCCACGCCCGCCUCGUGCAGACGGCCAACAUGGUCAUGGCCCGUGUUGUCGCCGGCGCCACGCCGCCCGUGCCGCCAUCCAAGGCCGCGGCCGAGACCGACCCGCUGCUUUUGGCCGAGUACCGCAAGCAGUGCCGCCGCGUGCUUGUGGACGUCGAUCCCGUGUUUGCGGCCACCUUCUUGCAGUGCUACGUCAACGGCGCCGCUGGCACGGCGCAGAACCCUCGCCUGGGCGCCCACUACCGCUACUUGCAGCAGGCGCUCGUGUACCUCGAGGCGUGGAGCCCCGAGGUGGCGGCCAUGUUGCGCUUUGCCCACGCCGAGGCGCCGUUCGAGCCUGCGGCCGCAGUGCGGGCCAAAGUGGACGCCCGGCUUGCGUCCGCGCCCGAAGCCACGGCGUACCUGCCCCACAACCUUACGCCGUUGGCCAGGGAAGACAUCAACCCGAUGGUGGUCUUCCCGCCGCCCGCGUUCUCGUCCAACAAGACCCGCGCCGUUUUCUCGGGCAAGCAGAAGCCGUUGGUGGACUUUGGCCGCCCGACGUUCGCCGAUAUCCACAAGGCGGUUUUGAACCGCACAUACGAGACAUCCAAGGGCAAGUUCGGCAAGAAGCUUCCGCGGCUGCAGCAGGUGUCGUUGGAACGGCGCCCGGGCGUCAACAAGUUCUUGCUUCACCUCGCGCUCGAUGCCUUGGUGAAGUUGGGCCGCCACGCCGAGUUCUACAGGGCAAUGUGGUAUGCUCUUUCGACGUGGGGCGGCUUGUACGUGGACAAGACCCGCUUGGGCCUGCAGUUGGCGUGCCAAGCGGUUCCGGCGACAGAGUAUCCCGAGAUUCCUCAUGCAAGGAAAUCAAGAGAUGCAAAACGCACCGAAACCACCGAAAAAUCCACCGAAAAAUCGGAUGGAGCCCCCACCGCUGAACGCCCCCACCAAGAGUUUGGUAAACCUUCGCUCAACGAAAAGUUGCGCAGCUCGUCCACCCACGACAACAGCAUCCUCGACACCAUGCUUGUGGAGAAUUUCAUCCACAAAAUGGAAGAAUGUUUUCCCCAUUCAGCAGUGCCGGCAAGAUUUGCUGCCGAGUUGGUGGCAGCUCUAGUCAGCCACGACACAAACAUGGCUAGGACGUUGCAGCCCCGCGAGAAAACCUUUGAUGCUGUCUUUGCCCUUCUCAACAGAGACGUCUAUCUUUACAAUGACAAAAACUGGCACCAGGGCACCGUGGGAAAUCGCCGCAGAGAUGUCCCCAACAACACGCCCAAGCGCUCUUUAACCGAGGCCCAGCUUCAGGACAUUCUUGAUCCCCUUUUGGUGCUCAUUAGGAGCAUCAUAGUCCACGAGGGACGUCUUUAUGCCCAUGUGGCCAACCGAAAGUCGCUUAUGCUGAACCGUUUUGUCGAGUCGUACAUUUCUCUCGUGAACAAGCUUUACGACUUCACAUGGACCGACGCACCAGACAACAGCGCCGCCGCUAUCGCCAUUCACAAAAAGAUUCUUGCUGGCGGCAUUUUCUUCUACAGACCCCAGGCCCUCGUGGAUCCUCGUGACAAGAUUGUCUACGCUGACAACGUGCGCCAGUCCAUGGAGUUUUUGUACAAGACAUUGAAGGACAAGCUGGAUCUCAGCCUGGGCGACAAGCGCUUGAUGCAUGCGCUUCGGUCGUUGUUCACGAUGGACACGCUGGCUCCAGAAGCUGUUGCCAAGUUGAAGGGAUUGCAGAGUAAAAUCUACGAUCUCUGUCGUUAG